UAAAAGGCGACCCAGAGCAUCGUCUUCCCCAUCCCAUCCCAUCCUAGACUUUCUUGCCUGGUGAGAAGAGGAAAGUGUGAAGGUUUUCGAGAGAGUUUCGGAAGAGAUUUAGCGAUGGCUCCCGUGAAGCUGUACGGCGCGACCCUAUCGUGGAACGUCACCAGGUGCGUGGCCGCCCUGGAGGAGGCCGGCGUCGAGUACGAGAUCGUGCCAAUCAACUUCGGCACCGGCGAGCACAAGAGCCCCGAGCACCUCGCCAGGAACCCCUUUGGUCAGGUGCCCGCUUUGCAGGAUGGUGACCUGUACAUCUUCGAGUCCCGUGCUAUUUGCAAGUAUGCAUGCCGCAAGAACAAGCCAGAGCUGUUGAAGGAGGGCGACCUGAAGGAGUCGGCCAUGGUUGAUGUGUGGAUUGAAGUUGAGGCCAAUCAGUACACCGCUGCACUGAGCCCCAUUGUCUUCGAGUGCCUCGUCCAUCCUAUGCUCGGCGGAGCUACUGACCAGAAAGUCGUCGAGGAAAACCUUGGCAAGAUUAAGAAGGUGCUGGAGGUGUACGAGGCACGCCUGACCAAGUACAAGUACCUGGCUGGAGACUACCUCAGCCUUGCAGACCUUAACCAUGUGUCUGUCACCCUUUGCCUGGGAGCUACACCGCAUGCAUCUUUGUUCGACGCAUACCCUCAUGUGAAAGCCUGGUGGACUGGCUUGUUGGCGAGGCCGUCUGUCCAGAAGGUCGCUUCGCUGAUGAAGCCAUGAUCUUAGAGUUGUUUUGAGUGCUGAACAUGAAUAAGCCGAGGUGUGCCCCAACAUAUGUCUGUCCACUGUGUUGUUGUGUUGUGGUCCUUGAUGUUGAAUGUUCAGGCUUCUGCUGGUGUGCUGCUUGUAAUACUCCAAUCUUGUACUGAAAUGAGCAUUCCCGUGCUCUGGCUUUUAAUAAAUUCUUCCUUCAGGUA